CUGAGUGCAUUAAUGGCUGCUCAUUUAAGUUUGUGUGUCUCUACUGCGAAAAAGUUCCAAAUUUCUAGUGGCAAACGAAGUCAAACGUUCGUUAGCAGUGCAGCAAUCGAAAGUAUCGUUUUGUAAAAAGUAGUAUUUAGUAUUUGUAAGCUAGGAAAUCGUAUCGUGUAAGAAUAAUUCGCGGGGCAAAAAUCGCGAAAAUUUACUGUGCUACGAAGUAUAAAUUUGCAGUCUUGCUGAGUGUGCGUGAGUGCGUAUAUAGCGAAAAGCGAAAAAUACAAAAGAGCUCCAUUUUCUUCUGCUGUGUUGAGCGCGAGUGUGCAUUGUGCACUCUUCAUUCACAAGAGGGAAAUAGGAUAACAUCUGUGAUAUAUCAAGUGCGUACGAGUGAGUGAGAUAGGUUGAACAUUUGAUACGCGAGCAAACGAGGAAGAGAUUUUGCUUGAACGUUUAGCUUUUUAGGUUGUAAAAGGCGACAGUGUAUGCGUAAAGCGUGAACUGUCAAAAAACUAUUAGUAUUAGUGCAACAUCGUUAAAACGAGUGAAAGAGAAACUUUUUUCAUCCAGCAAACGAGAAGCAGAAGCAGCAGCAAAAGUGAUAUCCGUGGGUUGUUUUCCAUCUAUAAGCUGAGACGGAAUUAUGUCGGAAUCGAUAUCAAUGGACUUGCAAUCGUCGAUGCUGCUGGAGACAUUGCGUCAAACGCCAAGUAUACCGGAACACCAUCAGAAGGACAGCGGCGGAAGUGGAUUAACUGCCGGAGAUGAGAAAAUUAAAGGCAAUCCUAGUUCGUCGCUGUCAUCCGCGGACAGUGGUGGUGGUGGUAGCUGUGGGAUCACUCCGGACAGUAACAACGAGAAAAGUGCAUUUGAAGCAAUGGAUCCAGCUAUAUUGUCCGCUACGGCUCCCUCGGAAAGUGAAACAUCGUCUGGAGGGGAGGGAUGUAGCGAAAAAGUCAAUUGGACACGAUACUCGGUUAACCAGCUGCUAGCUCUUCGUAAUGUGGAACUUUCCAAGAAAAAACCGACCUGUAUUGUAGAACCAAAGUCGGAAAAGCAUGCUAAAAUGUUUUCGUUACUAGUAAAACCGUCGGAAACGGCGAAUGAGGAGGAAAAUGCUGGAAACGGAACAUCUGCAAACUACGGAAGGAAUCGCACUGUUUACUCAUCCGCUAAUGGUGCAGGCACGGGAGGCGGAAAUGGACCUAGCUCUGGUGGUAAUGGAAGUGGUGGCUCGAGCAGAGCAGAAAUGCGUCGGUCUGGCGGCGUGGAUUUGCGUGAUCCGAAAGAACGAUUACGUAAGGAGGAUGGUAUUGUCCUUUCACCUCAAAGACGAUCCUUCAACAUGGGCUGUCAGAUGCCUGCUGCGCCUGCCACGGGGACCAGUAAUCUAACCAUUGGGAGCAGUUUACUACGCAACGAGAGAGAUAUCUUGGGAGGUCGAGAGCGACGAAUAGGAAGCGGCCGAAUUCUAUCGCGAGAUGUAUCCUGGGACUAUCGUCCGGAUAAGGAUGUGGUUGAAAGCAAUGACUAUCGAACGUCCAAUAAUCUUGGAUUCCGAGAUCGCGAACCCCGCGAACGGACGGAACGUGAAAAAGACUUUCGCAAGGAUUUCGAUCGCGAUCGAGAACGUGAGCGUGAGCGUGAGGAACGCUUCGAGAGGCGAUCCAUCAAUCGAGAUUACGACCGGAACGAGAAAGAUUCCAGAAGUUCUCGUGUGUCACGAUACUCCAACUCGUACGGUUCGAACAAUGACUCGCAUGGGAACAACAAUUAUCAUUCCAACAGUUAUUCGUCGAACAAUCAUUACCAUUCGAAUCAUCAUGACCGUCGACGUCAAUAUAGUGAUAACAGGGAUGAAGAACCUGAGUGGUUCAGCGAACCAACAUCUCAAACGGACACAAUUGAAUUGCGUGGUUUUGAUGAUCCGUUACCGGAGGACGAUUCCAAAUCGGACAAUGACAACAACAGCGACGAGUCCAAGUCUACCCGGCAAGAUACGAAACACACCGAGAAGGACACGGAACGAGCUUCACCAUCGCUGCAGAAUGACAAAAAUAACAAUCCUAACACAACAUCGGAUGCGCUGCAAUUGGGCAGCACUGACAAACCCGGACAAGGACAAGGCAAUUCAUCGCUCGCUCCGUCAGCUGAUUCGACCCAACAGGACCGCACACCAGGCGACGGGGCUAGUGAAGGUUCAGCCAAAGCUGCGAUUGGAUCGACCGUCGGUGUGUCGAACGCUCUCGGACAGUCCAACAAGAUUGCUGAUGACGAUUUCAAUUUUGAGGACUUUCUCAAACUUGACGCGCUGCCAAGUAGUUUGCUAUAUCCUGACAUCCCCAGCAAGGAAAGCGGAAGCACCGGUGGCUCUCGGUUUUCGCAAUGGUUCCGCCAGGACACAUCGCAAAUGCCAACAGGACAACAGCAGCAACAACAACAACAGAAACAGCAACAACCACCCUCCCAGUUUGACAGCCGCCGAUCGUCGCUUCAGGAUGACAUUAACAAUAUGAUCAACGAUUUCACCUCUGCUGGACUGGACGAUCACAUUCCUGACACGAAUUCGAACAAAUAUUUCGCUCCUAUUUCGCCGGCGGCAAGUACAUCAUCCAACUCCCUGUUGGAGCUUUUCCAACGCGGCGAAAAGCAGCAACAUCAGCGUGACCGGGAGAAUCAUCAGCAACAUCAGCCUACAUCACAACACCAGCAGCAGCAGCAGCAACAACAACAACAACAUGCUCAUUCAUUGAUGGGUGGUCAUAAUUCAAAUCAUCCUGCGAUGCAACAUACGCAACAACAGCAACCGCAACAGCAACACUCUCAGCAGCAACACCAUCAGCAAAUGCAGAAUCGUAAUCUACAGCAAAUGCUUGGAGUAACUGGAGGUGGAAACAUAGGUGGACAUGGCUCACUUGGGCCUGUUCCGGCGGGUCCAAAUGUCGGCCAGAUUCAUAGCGUUGAAGAACUGGAAGCUCGUUUUCGACAGAAUGAUGUCGAUAGCAAUGUUCGUUCCAGUGCAAAUACUGGGCCCACUAUUCCGAGAUUAAUUACUCCGUCGUCUGGAAAUAUUGGCGGCGGUUUACCGGCCAAUGUUGACCAGCAGCACGAACGUGAGAUGAAUGCUUUCAAAAAACUUCUGGCUUCUAUCACAGACAACCAACACGGACAGCAUGCGCAUAAUGUGCAACCUCCAACGCAACCCCCGUCAACGCAUUCGUCACAUCAUCAAUCUCACCCGGUCAAUAUGCUGCAUCACCAGCAACAGCAGAAUGAUCUACUCCAGAAGAUGUUGCAUCUGAACCAAAUGCAUCAUCCAGCAAACGAAUCCCGUCAACUGGAGAUUCUCAAACGACCGGAAGCUCAAGCUCUGCUACACGGUGUUGCUCGCGGCGAAGUAUCCCAGCACAAUCUUUGGCAACAGUUGGCCAAUCCAGCGACUGCCCAACCUCACCGUGAAAUCCUUUCUUCAGUCCUGAGUACUUUCAACACUAGCCCACGGGUUGUUUCGCCCAACAUUCUGAUUCAACCCAGCCCAGGUCCUAUACCGAUUCUACCGCAAGCUACCGUCCCACCAGUCGCCGCAGCAGCUGCAGCUGCUGCUGCCGCUAGCAGUGCCAACCUACUGUUUCAACAUCACUCCAAACAACAGAUGCGUCUCUCUCCACUACCCAACGGGAUUCCGCAACGAAUUCCUUCUCCUCGAGAGUUACAAUUCCAUACCCAGUCAAUUAUGCAGAACGCUCUAAUACGCAAAAAACUGGAAGAGCAGCGGGAGAACUAUCGCAAGCGUCAGGAACAGCAGCAGCAACAACAGCAACAGCAGAAUCGUAAUCAACCGGAAGCGAGCUCGGCGGCAGGUCCCACAACAUCAGCACCGACAAACGCCGCAAUCAGUUCAAUGAAUGCGUCAUCCACUCAGACGGGGAUCCAUUCGAGCAACAGCUCUACCGCCACGGCUACCGUGGCUGCAUCGACUGGAACAAUCACUACUCCAGCGAUUAUCAACGCCAUCUCUUCGCCAGCCAAACAUAACCAGCAACCGCUGCAUUCCCAUUCGCAGCAUACGUCCUCCCCGACUCCACUGGCAUUCACACCGACCUCGGUCUUGCGUAAGAUGACGGCCGAAAAAGAAAACGAGCCGCUCUCAUCCAACAGCAAUGCCGUUAAUAUCAUGAAUAACUCCGGCAAUGCCCCGACUCAGCUAAAUGAACGCCCGUUGAUCGGAGCCAAUCAGAAUCCAAACAUCCUUCUCGGUAUCGGCAAUUCGCUAUCCCAACAGCAGCAGCAGCAACAGCAAAGAAAUUUGAGCGCUCUUAUUGGACAGCCUCCACCACUGCAACCGCCACCAUCUCAACCGCAGGGUCCGCCUCCACAAUUGCCAUCCCUUCACCAUCUGGGUGGGGGACAUUUGCCGAAUCCGAUUGCUCCGCAAAUGCCACCGCAACAGCAACAGCAGCCGCAACCAAGCCAUCAGCAGCAGAUGCGCGGUAAUCAUCCCAACCAGCAACCGGGAAUGCCCGGAAACAUCCCAUGGAAUCUCAAGCAACCGCAUCCCGGCCAGCAAAUGCCCUCGAUACCGAAACCCCAGGGAAGACCUAUUUUGAAAGGAGGAAAUGCUCAACCGCAGCCGCCACCACAGCACACAUCGCCAAUGUCGCAAAUGUCCUUCGCUUCGAAUUUGGAAUUCCAACAGCAAAUGCAACAGUUCCAAAGCCGAAGCGGUAAUCCGAUACUCGGCGCCCACCAGACACCGCAGCAGCAAAUGUUACAGCAACAACAGCAGCACGGCCAACACCAGAACCAGAUGGCACCCCAUCUGCAGCAACUGCUCCAGCAACGCCAACAGCAGCAACAGCGCGCUAUCCGCAACCAACACAUGCAGCAGGUUCCUCCCUCCUUCCGGAUGGGACCCCAGCAGCAGUCACAACCGGGCGGUCCAGGACAGCAUCCCCUUCAGGGCCCACAGCAACCCCAGCAGCAACAACCACCACCACCACAACAGGGAGGCUCCGGUAUCAUCAACUACAACCGUGACGGUGCCCUAUCGCCGACCAGCAACCAACUAGCCCGUUGGUUCUCACCAGAACUGCUGGCACAGGCCUCAGCCGGUAAGCUGCCCUCGCUCAAUAUCGGUCAGGCAAUGAGCCUGGAAGAGUUCGAGCGCAACAUGCAACAUUCCUCGGCCACGGUACAUAACUGAACCGCAGCGGCGCGUGCGAGCCGCUCACCGAUAAGCGCGCCGCCGCAACACCAACAACAACAACAACCUCCUACGGCACCUUCCUGGAUCAGUGGACCAGCCAUGCAACGGAUGCUGGAUCUUCGCCGGGAGAAUAGUGCCACCAGCAGUAAAUUCAUUAGCCGGCGUGAGUAAGUAGUUGUAGCCUGUAUUGCCGUUUACUAAAAAUGACUAGUAUUUGAAGGACGACAAAUGCUUCGUCGCGUUCGUGUUUUUGUUUGUUUUAUUUUCUUGCAUUGUUUCGAAAGAUACAAAAAUAGUUGGAAAAAUUAUUGUAGGGAAUAAAAGAACAUCAUGUUAGUAGUAAUCACUACACACAUUUAACGGUAGAAAAAGAAAACAAAAUCUGCUGGUCCUUCUCAUCCUUGAAAACAAUUUAGAUAGAUAGAUAGAAGUAAUCAAAUGUUUGGCUAAACGCAGUUGAUAUCCAGGAAUUUUCGAGUGAUUGUUACAGAAAAAAUGAAGGUCUUUUGAAGUUGUUGAGUGUUUCUGCUUUGGUACAUAUUUACGUGAAAACAAACAAACAAAACAAAAAAUGAUCGAAAAUCGCGAAUCUAGAACGCAUUUGACGCUUUUUAGUUAGUCGUCGUCUAAACUUCAAAGUGAUCUUCACAAAAACGUUGAGAAUUAUGCUUAAAUCGCGUAAACCAUCGAACUAAUGUACAGUACUAAAGUCCAUUCUUAGACACUUGGUCGUCACUUAGAGAUAGAUAUUUUUAUCCUCAGUAGAGAUAGAAGGCAAAUGACCGAAUGCAAGAAGCGGUUAGUAAAUAUGUAUAUUCCCAGUCCGUGCGUAUGUGUAGGUGAAAUGAUCCUUUCGGUGUGUAGAUCAAACGUCUAUUUCUACCUGGGAGCUAUUGUUUUCUUUUUUGGUCGACUCAGGCAGAAGAGUACAUUAGUAUACAUUCUUGUGCCGUUGAUAAUGUGUUUGCUCUGUUGUAGGAUAAAAAACGAUAUAAAAGUAUUGCUUACUAGAAAGAUGCAGCGCUGGAAAUGUUUUCUCUUUCUGUGUAGAAUAUAAGGAGCUCUCAUACAAAUAAUGUGUAUGUAUGGUUUAGAGAGAAUGUUGAAAGAAGAAAAAAAAAACAUAUGAUAGAACGAAUGUAGGUUGCUUAUACUAACGAAAAGAAAGUUGACUAAAUCAGUAUCCUUGCGGAUCUAAAUAUACUGUUAGAAUGUUUACCUGGAUUGAUCGGAGGGAGUUGGUGCUCUCUAGAGAGGGAGAGGUCCGCAACUUGAAACUUUAUGGUAUAAUUUACAUCGUACAUCGCAAAGGUAGGAGGCAAAUUUUACAACUUGUAUCCGGUACUAGUGCUAGUGAGAAAGGACGGUGACAUUAGCAUAGCCGAACAUAGUUUUUGCAUACCUACUUGCAUGAAUUACCAUUGCUCAAUAAAAGCUGUUUCUGAAUAUAUUAUCUUAUCCAAAUUGAAAUAUAUAUGCAGCUGGCCAAUGUUGAUGAUAAUAAUUGUGGUUAUGUGUUACCUUCAGUAAUAUAAACUUGGAUCUUUAUCUAACAAAUCCACGUAUUGCUCGAAAACAUCCGGAAAAACGUUUAUACACAUAAGUUUGAUUGGUUAUCAGCGUCCUUCAUUAUUUACUAUCGAGCCCAAUGUCUUGACUAAACACCUCGGUUAUGUUAUUUUUUGUCGCAAGGCCUCCCUAAGGAAUCGUCAGAGUUGGUCGGCUAAAAUAUGUAAAAUGAAAUUAUUGGGCACGAUACGACUGUACAGUUUGUGAAACAGAAGAUCAAUCGCCUAACGGCAAUGUCUUGAAUUGUCACGAAUCUGCCUGUCACCUAUUUUUGUACUAACUUUAGUUAUCGUUGCAGUUUCAGGGAAAACUGUUCCAAAUGAAGAUUUUGUACAAAUAAACUAACAGAACCACUGAGCUCUGUCCCGAAAUCCACAAUGAAGUCAUAAAUUAAAGUACUAAAGUUUGUUGAUAGCUUGAAUUUGAAUUUGUGUGACCGCGGGAAAUUGAAAGCUUUGAUUGGUAGGAACAACAUAACUUAACGAAAAAUAGAGAAACGGCGUUCAUUUGGAAAUCUCUCCCACUCUUUUUUCUAGUGAAUCCUUCGUACUAUUCAAAAAGAAAGCGUCAGACCAUUGAUUCAACUAAUUUUCAUGAGCACAAAAAAGUGUUGCAAGGGUUGUGCUGCGGCUGUCUCUUUUUGUAGAAUGGGCUUCUAUCGAGUGGGAUCGCCGUAAUCAAACGCCAACAGAUGGUAAACUACACAAACAAAAACUAUUACGAAAUUAGAAGAAAACUGUGUCAACGUGGUCAUUUCUUUCGGUAGUCUCAUAAGAGUUAUAUUAUGUGUAACACGCAGACGAACAAUACAAAAAAUCACUGAACGAGUAGCAUCAGAAUAUGUCUAGCCGUCAGUUUAUUCGUUCCACAGGAAAAUAUUCGUUUCUGUACAAUGUAAAAAUGAAAGCCGGUAGCCUAUAUCACGUUGUUUGUAACUUAGUAUUUAAGUUUUGAAACAUCCUCUUACGCACCCAUCCACCUUUUCCUACCUUUGUUUUGAGAUAAUCUGCUGUCUCGGAUUCCAAGAAAUCUUCACCAUAUUAAUCUGUUUUUGAUUGUGAUCCAACCAUACCGUUAAGUUCAUGACCGUAUUUGAAGCAAAAAGGGAUAAAUCUUUGACCUUCCUGUCUAAGUUAAGGCAAUACUUUUAUUCGAAAACUAUUAGCCGUUAAGCCUAAUAAAAAUAGGGAAAAAAACUUAGUAUUUAGAUGAUAAACGAGAAUUAACCUACAUUUGAACACGAUAUUAAGAUUGCUGUAUAAUAGAAACGAACAGAUAGUAGGAAGACACAUGAACCUAUAAAUGGGAACGCUAUUAAAGUACGAGCUGAAACUCUGCUCUGCUUUUGCAAACAGGGCAAAAGCAACAAAGCGAUUAAAAACCGGAACAGGAAACCUUAACAAAAACAAAAAACAAUUGAAACGCAUAAAGUAGCCGGCGUAGAUUUUUGAAACCUUCAGCAAUGAGUCAAUCUCACCGCCCGUUGCAAGACUGCAGGAGAAGGCAACCACAAACACACACACACACUGAUAAACUUUCAGAGAGAAAUAAAAAAUCAACUGAACAUGUAAAAAGUACUAAAUAAUGCAAACUUGUUUGAAGGAAUAUAUGGUAAUAUGCAACAAAAUUUGAAAAAUUACACCAAAAAAAGUGAAAAUAAAUGCUACGCAAGUUAAAAAAACAGAAAAAAUGAUUAAAAUAUUAUAUGUGACAUUACAAUGAAACUAUAUCAUAUGUAAUAAAACUUCAAUUAAAUUGAA